AUGCCCGCGAAACCAACCCGCCAGCAUGUGCUCAAUUGCGCACUGCCAUCGUGGUAUCCGCGAUUCAAGCAUGUGUCGUUGCGGACUGAAAUCCUGCCCCUGACCUCGGACUUUGUCGAGUACUUGCUUGCCGACGGCGUCUUCCUGUCGAAAGACUCGUCCAUUGGCAAGGUGGAUCCACGCGACCUCAACUCGUACUCGGACGACGACGACGACGACGACGACGACGGCGCCUCUGCUCUGGCCGGCACGGCACGCUCACUGGCACAGCCAAACCGAGUGGCAGCGUCUGGGUUUGACAGCAACGACAGCAGCGACGACGACUGGGAGCAGCAGAGCCAGAGCGAGACCGACAGCAUUGCUCCGACCGCGCCAAACUUCCCCGAACUCGAAGCCGCAAUCAAAGCCGCCAUUGCAAAGCUUGGACCCGUGUUUCCAAAGCUCAAUUGGAGUGCUCCACAGGAUGCCUCGUGGAUCAUCCCUGGAGGCACCAUCAAGUGUGUCAGCGCAGACGAAGUGUUCUUGUUGCUGAAGAGCUCGGAUUUUAUUGUUCACGACCUCUGCCACUCAUUUGACGAAUGCUCGGAUCUGCACGAUGAGCCCGACUCUGUACCCAUGUUCCUUGCAUUGCGGCGGUGGCACGACUUGCUGAGGUCGAUGGAGUUUCGGUGCUUUGUUCGGAAUCGCCAGUUGAUCGCAAUCUCACAACGCGACGUGUCCAACUUUUAUGAUUUUCUUCCCGGCAUGCGCGCGACCAUCCGAUUGCAGAUUGCCGAAUUUUUCGCCGAGCAUGUGCGCGAAAACUUUCCCAACAAUGAUUAUGUCUUUGACAUGUACGUCAACCCCUCGCGCGAAAUUAUCAAACUGGUUGAUUUCAACCCAUAUCACGCGCCAACGAGCACGGCGCUCUUUGACUGGGAGGAAUUAGAGGGUCUUUCAGGGGAAACGGUCGAAGUUCGCGUCGUGGAUUCGCCCAUGAAUGUCCAGCCAUCCGAAUAUGGCGCGUACAAGGUCCCUGCAGAUGUGCUAUCCGUGCAGACUACCGAGGAUAUUGAGCGAUUUGCCGCGUUAUUUCAAAGCGGACAGCUCGCAUGAUUGAGUGUUGCUUGCUAUUGAUGUACAACAAGCGUUUCUAGAGUACC